AUGACACCUUCUUCGACAUCCACAUUGAAACGUAACAACACACUGCCUUCGUUAAGUGCAAGCCUAUCUACCAGUCCAACAAGUCCAUUCAGCAAUGUAAAUAAAUCAGAUUCCGACGAAACGACAUCUACAAAUAUCAAUCUUAAUGAUAUCUUAAACAAUACAACAACAACAACAACAAGAUCAUCAACAAAAAUAUUUGAUAACAAUAAUAAUAGUUCAACAACAACGACAAGGAAUAACAGUGGUCAAUUAUAUUGCCCGAUAUGUCAGUGUAUACCGGUGAAUGGACACGUUUCGUUGUGUGGGCAUGUAUGUUGUUGGGAUUGUUGGAAUCAAUGGUUGUCUCUCAAACUUGAAUGUCCAAUCUGCAGAGAAAAGACCCGUCUCAAACAAAUAAAACCUGUAUCUUGA